UUUGAAACAGACUAUAACUACUCCGCGAAAAAAGUCUUCACGCAUGAAUGGGAACAGAUGACCGUACAGUAAGGAGGGCAAUCAGUAACAAUCGCUUACUGUAAUCCUAAUAAGACUCAUCAAGGGAACCGAAAGCUUAAGCCGAUGGAUUCUUGAUGACUGUCCGUCGUGUUGGUGGAAAGUGUGAACUUCAAAACGAAUCAAGGAAGAAGCGCACUUGCCGAUUGAUAAAACGUCGUCAGAUCUCUAAACCUUGAUAGUACUAUGGCUUCGUCAAGUGCCAGUGCUAACGCACAACCCGUCCUUUCACCAGCGGCAGUGUCCAGUCAAAGACGUACUUCUGCUCCAGCUGUCAAGGAUUCCAAAACUUCAAAACAGACCAAAAACCACAGCACAAGCGCCAAAAGACUACAAAAGGAACUUGCAGAAAUCACACUGGAUCCCCCACCUAACUGCAGUGCUGGACCAAAGGGAGAUAAUCUCUACGAGUGGGUAUCCACCAUACUUGGACCAAAGAGUUCUGUGUAUGAGGGUGGUGUGUUUUUCUUGGACCUGAACUUCUCACAGGAUUAUCCAUUUAAACCCCCAAAGGUGACGUUUCGUACCCGGAUCUACCAUUGUAACAUCAACAACCAGGGUCAUAUCUGUCUGGACAUCCUAAAGGACCAGUGGAGUCCAGCGCUGACCAUCUCAAAAAUACUCCUUUCAGUGACUUCCCUCCUUUCAGACUGUAAUCCGCAUGAUCCUUUAGUUGGGAACAUCGCACAGCAAUAUCUGACCAAUCGCGAGGAGCAUGACAAAAUAGCUAUGCAGUGGACCAAGCGAUUUGCAACAUGAUUUUUCAUUGGUUACACGUUAAGAAGUUUGGUCACAGAUUGUUUUCGGUUGAUGAAUAACGAAAGAAACAUUAAUGCUUUUUAUGAUGAUCCUACUGUCCGUUCCAUGUAUAUUGAUUUCUCAGUUUUAGAGAUAGUAAAGUUCAUUUCUGACAAACUUUCACAACUAAUACCUCAAUUACCUGAAUUGCCAAGUCACCGUGAUCACUACUCAAAGAAAUUAUUCUAAAUGUCAUUUUCCUGACAUAUAUUUGUUGGAGGUGUGUACAAAUAUUUUUCAUUUGCCAUAUUUGAGCUAAGAAAUGCCCCCUUUCACCCCUAUGUAACUUAAAGAACUCUAUACCAUGCAUUGGUCUGGUUAAGUCCAUUAUGGUCUACAGAGGUAAAAGGGUUAAGCAUCUCAUCCCUGCAGUCAGUGUGAUUUUCCAAAUUGCUAAGAACCCUGAAAAAUGACUAGGUCAAUAUGGUAAGCAUACAAAAGGGUUUUCCUCAAUAAUGAUUUUUAUAAAAAAAAAUCCACGGAUGUGAUUGUAUGUUCUUUAGAACUGUUAAAUUGGAUGGAUUUUUUUAUUUAAAAUCUCAAAAAACUGAGAAUCAAAAUAAGUUGGGCAGAUUGUUGAUGUGCAUAUCAUGAUACCAGCAUGUGUAUAGUGUAUGUACAGAAGUAUGACUAUGGAAAGUGAGUGAAUAGUGAAUGUAAGGUAAGAAAUGUCCCUGUUACAUGAUUUCUAGGUGGCUGCUGUUCUAUAAAUGGAGCCCUUUUUUUUUUUUUAGCUAGAAUGCAGAAUGUGUCAACAGAAUUUUUGGAAAGAUUGAACUGACUUGUCUAGAUCUAAUAUGGUGUGAAAAAGAGACUUGAUGGCAGAGGGUUUGUUACUGUAGCAAAAAUGUAUGUAUAGUUGUUAAUGUUUCUGGAAACGGGUAUCAACACUGUCAGAGAAUGUUUUUGAUCCAACUGCUGGAUGCGUCUUUGAUGGAAUCUGUUCCUUUGGUGACAAGCUCGAGAGGGAAUCAUAUAGCUGACUUGGUCCAAAAUGUGACAAUUUAUAUACCAUAGGUCGUCAAAUUCCGUGCAUACACAUAACAGUUGUAUUUAUUGGAAAUUCUAACGGUUAUUAUUUAGUGGAUUGCCUAUCAAUAUCUUUCAGUGUUAGAAAUUAAGAAGAGCAUUGUAGACAAUAGCUAUAUAUAUGUCAACAAACGAUUUUGUUAGAGAUUCAUGUUGUGUGCUGCCGGCAAGAAGCUAGCUUUUCAUGUGAACAUUAAAUUAAAGCACAUUUGUGAUAAUCGGUCUCAUCAGAACUCUUGAAGUGAAUGCAUAUUGCCAUGUUAAUAUUAUAAAAUGUAAAACCUUUUUUAUUAUAAACACAAUAGUCAACGUUUUUUUCUCAAAAUCCUGGUCAGUAAUCUUUCGGCAUUAAGAACGAACAAUGUGAUACCUGGUAUAUAAAUGAAUCGGGAAGAAUGAAGGAAAAAUUGGAAUACACGGGUGAUAAGUGAGAGGGCAUAUGAAAGACAGGAUAUUAUAUUGAGGUCGUGCUGUUUGUAGACAGACAAGAAUUUCUGUAGAGUCAGUGUUCCUUUAAUCUCAUCCCACUUAAGUUAUUUAGUUUGUCUAAGUUUGACAAUACUAUGUAGUUGUCAAUAUGUUUUGGCAAAUCAUUUAAAUGUUUCGAAUUUAUAGCAUCGGUUUCAACUGUUCACAAUAUUUAUAUCAUAUGAUUAUUACAAUUUAAGGAAGUGUCCAACAGUCACUUAAAUUCACAUCAGAUUCAACAAAACAACACAGGUGUAUGUCGACUAUACGUAAAUACAUUAAAGGUUGAGCUUUCUGUCAUGUUUUAAGCUGUUAACUCAUUCAUCCCUGAAGUUUCAUAAUGAACUAUUCCAACCUUUGAAUUGGAAGAGUUCAAAUGUGUUUGCAGGGAUGAGUAAGUUUAAUAGUUCAGUAAUAUUUUAGAUUCUUAGACUGUUUUUGAAAUGCACAGUUGCUAAUAAACAAACCUCAAUUUUCAAAGCCUUGUUAGUUUUACGAGUUGUUAAAACAAAUUUCAAAAUGCAACUUUUGAGAAACAUUCAGAAUUUUUCAAAUGCAUUUUCAUUCUUCAGGCACUCCUGAUGAACCCUUUUAUUUGUGGUUUUAGUUUGGAAUUUCAAUAUUUCUGAAGAUUGUUUAACUUCUUGUUAAGUUUUUCAGCCAUUGAAUAAUUUGAACAAGUCCGGAUAUCAUUAUUUUUUUCUUGAAAAAAAAAAAAUGAUCGGGAAACUAGGUAAAAUGGAGAUCGGUGAAACAGGUGUUAAUUGCUUUGUCUAUAUUUUAAAAUUCAUAUUGUUUGUUGAUAAAACACCUGCACAUGAUGAUAUGUUGUAAAAAUGCUGAUCUGGUAAUAAAUAAAAGCAACUUUGUUUUCAU